AUGGGUGUAAUUUUCUUUGUUUACAAUGCUAUCUUCGCGCUGGUUCUCCUGAUCCUCGUUCUGGUCGCUUCGAUCUAUGCUAUUGUAUCAAAAAACCCUGAUACUCGGUACCAGCCUAUGCGCGAUGAUCGUGGCUCUUUCAUCAAGUCCCAAACCCAACUUACCACCGAAUUGGAUGCCCUAGGUGCCACGGCGCGUGGCGAUAUCAAGUCUGGGUCAUAUCACAACAACCCCUUCGAUGAUGAUACCGCUUCAAUCUCCAGCGGUCAAGGUGCCACUGUUGGUCAUCGAAUGGAGUCGGGCCACCAACAGCACUCCGUAACCCAAGCUCCUCGAUCACCCGUUGAUCCAUCUGUGCCGUUAUUCCCAAGUAAUGCCUCGGGCCAUCACGGUGCUCCACCUGGAUACGACCAGUACGGCCGGUCUCCUUCACCCGCCCCACGGAGCUUUGAUAAUGCCCCAGUGGGCCAAUCUGCUUUGUCGGCAAAUUACCGAGCCCAAAAUAAUGCCAGUCCGUGGCAACGAGGCGCUGGCUAUGACCACUAA